AUGUUCUUGGGGACACUUUACAGCGUCUCUCGUUGGGGAAGGUUGUCGCACGAGUCGAGCACUCGGAUAAAGGCUUUUACUUGCUCGACGCACGGGGGAUACACUGGUUUGCUGCGCAGGGGCAUUGUACCCCAAUUCCAGCGGUUUCGUUCGUUCGCAAUGAUUGUAGAGCGAAUCUCACCGGAGGAGGCGCACCGGCGGAAACAGUGUGGCGAGUGCGACCUGCACUUGGACGUUCGCACUCCAGAGGAAUACCAAGAAGUGCACGCACCAGACUCUGUGCUCGUUCCGUACAUGCUGAAGCAGGGAGACAAAAUGGUACCGAAUCCGAACUUUUUGAGUGAGGUUGAGAAGCUCACCGGCGGUAACCUGGAACGGAAACUAAUCGUGAACUGCGCUUCUGGGAGACGUAGUGCUAUGGCAGCUGAGGAGCUCUCCAAAAAGGGAUACAAAGUCAUAGCGGAUAUGGAGGGCGGCAUCCAGCAGUACUUACAGAAGCCGCAUCUGCCGGUGAACCGGCCUAAAAGCCAGUGA